GAAGAGAGCACCUUCGUUAAGAUUCUAGCUAGUUUUAAUUAAUCAAAGAAAAGUUGAUUGAACUGUCAUGAGUGAUUAAUUUUGAAUGUGUUACGUGCGUAAUAAUUGUGUUUCUACUUUCUACGUUAAUAAAUAUAUAUGGAGAUAUAGUGCAGUUUCAAUAAUUCAAUUGGUUCAAUAUAAUUCACCAAAUAAUUAAUCAUUAUAUUUUGGUCCAAAACAUUUGUGACUAUAAGAGAAAGCAACAAUAGAAAAUUGAAGAAACUCAACAUAAAUGGCUUCUACUUCUUAUUUUUUGCUCUUGUUUGCUCUUGUUGCUGCAGCUACAGUUUCUGAAGCAAAUGCUGCUCAGCUACGUACAGAUUUCUACUCCUGCAGCUGCCGGAACCUUCUGGCCAUAGUCAAGACCGGAAUCACCAAAGCCCUUCAGAAAGAAGCUCGCAUGGGAGCUUCCAUACUCCGCCUUCAUUUCCAUGACUGCUUCGUAAAUGGGUGUGAUGCAUCGAUACUGCUGGACGAUACGAGCAGGUUCAUAGGAGAGCAGACGGCGGCAGCGAACAACAAUUCAGCAAGAGGGUUCAAUGUGAUUGAUGACAUCAAGGCCAUGGUGGAGAAAGAAUGCCCUGGGGUGGUGUCAUGUGCUGAUAUUCUUGCAUUGGCUGCUAGAGACUCUGUAGUUUAUUUGGGAGGGCCAUCUUGGGAAGUAGGCUUAGGAAGAAGAGAUUCUACUACAGCAAGCAGACUUGAUGCUAAUAACUCCAUUCCUGCACCCUCCUUCAAUCUAAGUACUCUCAAACAGAAUUUCGCUAACCAAGGCCUCUCAGAGAAAGACUUGGUGGCCCUCUCAGGGGCACAUACCAUUGGCCUAUCUCAAUGCAGACUUUUCCGACCACAUAUCUACAAUGACACCAACAUUGAUGCCUCCUAUGCCAAAUUCUUGCAGAGCAAGUGUCCCAGAACCGGAAACGACAAAUUGCUCGAACCCCUCGACCAUCAAACUCCCUUCCAUUUCGAUAACCUGUACUAUAAAAAUUUAGUUCAGAAGAAGGUUCUUCUUCAUUCUGACCAGGAGCUGUACAACGGAGGUUCUACCGACCAUCUGGUGGGGAAAUAUGCUACGGAUAGAGUUGCAUUCUUUAAUGACUUCGCCAAGGGCAUGGUGAAAAUGAGCAGGAUCAAGCCUCUCACAGGAAAAAAGGGGGAGAUUAGACUCAAUUGUGCUAAAGUCAACUAAACAUCAGCUACUUAAAAUUAUGUAUAAUAGUUUUUUUUUUUUUUUCCAAAACUAUGUCUGAAUUCUGAUUAUUUGUUCUUGGUGUCAAGGAACCUGGUUUAUUCAUCAAUAAACCUUCUGGGUUUAUAUGAAUGUGCACAUGAUUUUCCCAAGUUCCUCAGUUUUCCUGUAGACAUAUUUACAUCCAUGUAAGUUCAAUUGUUUGUUACAUCUAUUUGGUUAUAGUGAUCCUGUAACUAUAAAUUUGUCAUCAUGCUGAGAUGCAAUAAAAGGAAUCAUAAUAUUUAUUCA